AUCGAUAGUUUGAUACCAAGAUUUUUAAGUCGGUUAAGGUAUCGUAAGUGACGGAGGAUGGAUUUCGAAAGUCCGGAUGUAGAAAAAGAAUUUCCAGGAUUAUAUGCAUCAGAAUCAGCCAAGAAAAGUAACGAAAGUGACUUUAGCGAUGAAGGUGGACACGAAAAACAUUCCAAAAAAGAACUUCUCGGCGGUAAACGAAAAGAGAAGAAAGAUCGAAAGGAUCGAGGAUAUGCCACCUUAGAAGGUGAAAGUUCCCCUGACGAAGAUCAAGAAACAAAAAGUCCUUCAAAAUCUAAAAAAACCAAAGCUUUUAAGUUUCCAUCGAAAAAAGAGAAACGUGAAAAAUCUAGAGAAAAAGAGGGCAAAGAGAAGGAUGGGGAAAAAGAGAAAGAUAAGAAGAAAAAGGACAAAGAUGAGAAGGAUGUAGAGAAAGAGAAACGUAAAGAAAAGGAGAAAGAUAAAGCUAAACAAAAAUUGAAAGACCGUAAAAAAGGAAAGCAUAUAGGAGAAGAUGGGUUAGACAUUGGAGAGGAACAACCAGUGUUUGGUGUUAGUCUACAUUUAGCAGUGGAAAGAAGUCGCUGUCACGAUGGUGUUGAACUACCCUUGGUUGUAAGGGAUUGCAUUGAUUUUGUGGAAGAGCAUGGUAUGAAUAUAGAAGGGCUGUACAAAGUUCCAGGAGUAAAAUCAAAAGUUCAAUACUUGAAAAAGUUAUACAAUCAUAGAGAAGCAGUGAAUAUGUCUGAAUUUGAACCCAUAGUAGCUACAAGUUUAUUGAUAUUAUUCCUUAGAGAGUUGCCAGAACCUGUGCUGGACAACAGUGAAAUGAUAUCUCGGUUUGAACAAGCGGCAUCGACAAAGGACGUUGCUCAAAGAGAAGCACAAUUAAUACAUCUAACUCAACAACUUCCUGAAUGUAACAAAGUUCUUCUUGCAUGGGUUAUACUACAUUUAGAUCAUAUUACAGCACGAGAAAAGACAACAAAAAUGAAUGCUCAGACAAUUUCAAUGACGUUAAGUCCUGUGUUACAAAUGAGUCACAGACUCUUAUUAGCAUUGUUGCUUCAUUGCAAAGCUCUGUUUCCGAAUGUACAGUUAACAAAAUACGUUCCACCGCUUUCAGCCGGCUGUGUUAAUCUUCCAGAUACUGUAGAAAGUAUAGCUGCUGAAUUAUCUAAACAAGAAUCGUUGCUUUCACAGAUACAUAUGCAAAUGAACGCCGGUUUUGUUACUAAAUCGCGUGAAGAGCAAUUAUGGGAAGUCCAACGUAUGAUAACGCAAUUAAAGAGAAAAUAUAAAACAGUUCAAAAAAUGGAAGGUGCUGUACAGAAAAGCUUAGACGAAGAGGUAAAACUGAAUGAUGAAACUGCGGUGGAAUUAAAUAUUCAGAAGACAAAGACAGAAGAAGAAGAUGCAGAACAUGUAAAACCUGAAACACAAGCAUCUACUUUGACAUUGAAAAAAAAUAAUAAAGCACAUGUUCCCGAAAACAAUAAAGACUUAACAAGUACAAAUACUGUUCAAAAUGAACGAAACACUCAUACAUUUGACAAGGAUAUUGUUGAUUCUGCCGAGCCAUCUGCAGUUGUAUCACAAUCUAAUGAACAAGAAAGUACAUCUAGAAGAAACGAAAAUGUUUUAGUAACAAAAUCCGAGCCUGAAAAUGCUAUAGACAAAUUAAGAGAGAGUUUAAUUUAUGAAGAAUUGUUAAAUAUGCAGGCGUUACUAAAAUCGCGGAUAAAUCAAGAAAGAAAUGAAAUAAAACGACUGAUGGAAAUGUUAGCCGAACGUGUUCCAGAGAAAAAGAAACCAAAGGAAAGAGUACAUUCGCCGAAUGAAGCAGAAAUGACAGCUAUGAUUCAAUUAGUCAAAGAAAAUCAAUUACUUGAAAAAAAGAUGACUACCUUGAUCCGGAGUAUCAUAGAAGAAAAAGAUGCCUGCAUCGAGCUCCGUGUUCAAUUAGCAGUCCAUCAAUUAGCAGCGAAAACUUGACCAUUAAAUAAGAAUUAAUAUUCUAAUGUAACUAAAGAACAAUACACAGAUUGUGAAGGUAUGUAACAUGUUUUGCACAGAUUGAACAUAUAUAGUUUAUAAGAUGUUACUACAAUCAUGUUUUCUUGACUUAUUCUAUUCUCUUGUAAAA